AUUGGAAGCCACCAGCAAGAGACCAACAGCAAGGGUGCGAAGAAAGGGUGGCCCCCUAGCUAGCCUAGCUAGAGAGAGAGAGAGAGAGAGAGUCAUCAUAAUACUCAGAGAGAAGCACGAGCACAGCUGCACUAGCUAGCUAGCUACUGCAAAGAAGCAAGCUCUCGAUCACAAUGGCCGCCAUUCCUUCUCUGCUGCGUCGACUCGCCAUUGUCGUCGCCACCACCGCCAUGGUUAUCCUCCUUCCCUCCCCGUCCGUCGCCGGCGACCCCGACCUGCUCCAGGACAUCUGCGUCGCGGACCUCACGUCCACCGUGAAGGUGAACGGGUACGCCUGCAAGGCGGCGGCGGCGGUGACGGCGGACGACUUCUACUUCAGCGGCCUAGGCGGCGCGGGCAACACGAGCGCCAGCGCCUACGGCUCCGCGGUGACGGGCGCGAACGUGGAGAAGGUGCCGGGGCUGAACACGCUGGGCGUGUCCAUGUCGCGCAUCGACUACGCGCCGGGCGGGGGCCUGAACCCGCCGCACACGCACCCGCGCGCCACCGAGAUGGUGUUCGUGCUGCAGGGCACCCUGGACGUGGGCUUCGUCACCGCCGCCAACAACCGCCUGGUGGCCCGCACCCUGGCGCCCGGCGACGUGUUCGUCUUCCCCCGCGGCCUCGUCCACUUCCAGCGCAACGCCGGCGACGGCCCCGCCGCCGUCUUGUCCGCGUUCAACAGCCAGCUUCCCGGCACGCAGUCCCUCGCCGCCGCGCUGUUCGCGGCGUCGCCCGAGCUGCCCGACGCCGUGCUCGCCAAGGCGUUCCAGGUCGGCACCAAGGAGGUGGACAAGAUCAAGGCUAGGCUCGCGCCCAAAAAGGCCUGAAGAUCGUACUGUUGACGCGGUCAUCCUUGAAUUUUUUUUCUACCCUAUUAUGAUUUAUGACUUGGUUGCUUCCCUGCUGUACCUCCACUAAUAAGCAACUGUAUCAGCUAGUCUGCUGCAUGCCUUUUAUCUG